UUCUACUAUGUAAGGCAAAAGGUCCACUGGCUCGACGCGUUUUUUUCGGGAGCCCUAGCCAAAGACACUCCUCGCCUUCCCAUUGGCCCGUUCCCUCUAUCCCCGACGCCGGCUCCUUCCUUCCCUCCAAUCCCUAUCUCCUAGCCUUCACGUGGUCACCUCCUCUCCUCCCGCCACGUGUUCUUCUGCCCACUCGCUGUGCCCGGUCGCUGUCUGCCACGUGUUGACGUGGACACGCGUCGCCCUUCUCCGACUACUUAUGGCACCCCUUAUCGGCUCCUAGCUGUGUCCUGAGGCGAGAAAGUAGAGCUUGGGAGGCGAGUUCUGAGGUGGGAGAUGGAGAGGAGGGGAGGGUGUUGCAUCGCAAGUUAUGGAGGAGGAGGAGGGGGGGGAGGAGGGGAUUGUGGUGCUGACGUUGCGUGGAAAGUUGGCCGGAUUAUGCUGAGGUUCCGGCCGAUCGCGCCGAAGCCGGCGGCACCUCCGCCGCCGCCGGUGGCGGCCGGGACUGCGGCGGACGGGGUGACAGCCGGGAGGGCGAGAAGGAAGGCGAGCGGCGGGGGAGGGAAGGAGGGUAGAAGGGGAAGGAGAGCGAGAAAUGUAGCUGCAGGGGGGUUUAAGGUAGGGGAGAGAAAAAGAAGAUCGCCGUCGUCGUCGGUGGCGUUGUCGGUGUGGUCCGGGUCGAUGGUGACGCUGCCGCUGAUGCCGGAGACACCGGAGAGGAAGGGGGCUACGCCGCCGGAGGACGUUCCGUCGGCGCCUUACGUGACCCCGGCGUGGCUACGAGAACGGGAAGGAGGAGCGGAUGGCGGCGAGGGAGGGGAGGUGGUGGCCCCGCGGCCGGUGAGGCCGGCGGGAUCGUGGGUGACGGUGGAGUGCGUGACCGACACGUGGGCCGCUGCCGCCGGUGGCGGCGGCGACGAGGUCGUCAGAGCGGCGUUGGAAGCCGAGGACGUGUGCCCGGGUUUCAUCUCCGACGCGUGGGACCGGGUGAUGUGGACCAACGAGGCGUACCAGAGGAUGGUGGUGGGGCCGGUGGCGGAGGACGCGAGGGAGGAGGUGGCGGAUCAGGAGGAGGAGGUGAGGGUGGCGCUGUUGACGAGGGGGAUGGUGCCUGGCGUUACGUGCCGGGCGUUCACUUGCAGGGUGCGUGUGCGUUACGCGAGCCGUCGGCGGGGACGGGGGUCGCUGACGGCGCCGUGCGACGUCUGGCGGCUGGAUGACGGUGGUUACGCCUGGAGACUCGACAUCAAGGCCGCCCUCAGUCUUAGCUUGGGGAGAUAGAUCUAAGAAAAUAACAAAGGAGGAGGACUAAAAAGAAAUGGCAUAUAGAAAGAUGGCAGGGGGGUGGUUGUAAAUAUUUUUUGGCCGGAGUCCUUAAGGUUUGAUAGAGUCUCCGGCGAAGUGCAAAGCCGUCGACGGUGGGUGCGAGCUAGGAUGGUGGAAGAGCGGAAGACGAGGACACGUAGGCAUCAGGCGACAGAGGAUUUGAUGGGAUGGAGCAUGUAAGAUGGUGAUGAGUGCCAUUCUAUCAGCAGACUGAAUGGUUUUAUUUGCAGCAUACUAUUUUAAAUUUUUUUUUUUAGACCUAACAGUUUUUUUGUUUCUUCUACUUUAUAUGGUUUUUUUACUGGUUGUGCUCAUUUGGUGUGAGCAGUCGAUGUAACAAUUAAAAAAAAAAUGAUGAGAGAGAGUGUUUGUGAGCUGUCCUAUCAAUAUUUGAUGAGAUGACAAGCGAAGCUAACUAUAUGUGCAUGGUUUUGCUUUCGUUACCAGAAAUAGCAUAAAAUGUUGUGUGUCUAUUUGUGUGUCAUGCACUUAUUUAUUUAUUUAUUUUUUCCUUUCUUCGGUUGGGAGCAGGUGCCAUGUAAAGCAGUGUAAUGCUGAUUUCCUAAGGAAAGUAGAAGGUUGCGUGGAGUUCUACUUU